CGGCGGCCUCUGCGAUACCAUGUUCAGGCCCCUUGCUGGCCUCGCGAUCCUGUCGGUGAAGGAAAAGGCUGCUGCCGUUGCUGCCGCCUCUGCCGCUGCCACCCAGUAGGUCGACGCCUGCGCCACCAUGUCGGCCGACUACGCCCAUUUGGACGACGACAAUGACAUCGCCUCACCAACACAUUCGUCCCACACGCCUGACAACCUCGACCCGGACCGUCACACCUCGCCUUCACCUUCACCCUUAGGCAUUGACGCCUUCUUUGACGACGAAUACGCCGCUACUGCAGCCGCCACAGCCGCCACAGCUGCCGACCGUCAGUCCGAGGAGCCCUACCGCGCACCACCUCUCCCCUUCAGCACUGGUUUCUUUGACCAUAUCCUCAACCCGGCCGGCCUCGACCACGGUAGAUACUCCCCGUUUGACUGGCAACCCUACCGCCCUCUACAACCAGAGAUGCCGCCUACCACGCGAGCACAUCCACAGGGGUCACAGGCUUCACAGCGACCUGACCGCCUGGCAAAUGGCUACGUAGACCUGACCAGCGCUCCUGACUCGCCCCCUCGCACAAGGAAGAGGCAGUCACCUACACCAGGCCCCUCAGCAAAGCGGCGCAAGAGAGAAGACGGCACGGCCAAGGAGGCUAAGCAGCAGAGCGUGGAGCCCAUCACGGUGGAAGAAGUUGACUUGACUGAGAAUUCAUCAGUCCAACAGGUCCUGCAGAAGCAACGCGAGGAUGCUGUCAAGGCGCAAGCCAGGCCCGACGAGACGUUCACUACAUUCAACUCCUUUAAUUGCGUCAUCUGCAUGGACAAUCCCACCGACCUUACAGCCACAGCAUGUGGUCAUCUAUUCUGCCACACCUGCCUCAUGGAAGCUCUCAUCGCCGGUGAGAACCGUACAGGCCCCCAUGAGACCAAACGUUCACAAUGUCCCGUUUGUCGAAAAACGAUCAGUCGCAAUAAGCCCUCCGAUGUCAUACCCUUGCUGCUCAAGAUAGGUCUUUCGACACAGCCCCGGAAGAAGAAGACAACUGCACCAGCCGCGACCACUUCACCCAAGGUAUCGUGAAUGUACUUGACUUUCGCGAUGCUUUCUUCAGUUUUGCAUACGAGCCCCGUAUCUCAUACUAAGACAUCUACUAGCUAGCUCGGAAAAAACCACAGCGCCCACCUCGAAGGUCUACACGACGCGCGAGACGGAUCUCCAGCAAUGUUGAAUAUGUAUAAGCUUAAAGGCAGACGGAUCCGUCUACAAUGGGUCGCUCGUCAUUGCUACAGCUUCACGGAAGGCAUGCAAUGGGGUGUGGCGUCAUGCAGUGAUGUAUAAUGAUCGCAUAAAGUAAUACAGGGCUAUCUACGGAGAACAUGGACACUAGCGCCAUUAGAAUGACGUAAGUCAUAAGCUGGUUUAAUAGAAGAAUCAUCAAGCUAAAAGGUACUCAUUAAUCCCACCACUA